AAAUUUCCUUUUUUUUUCUUGUUAUAUGUUUCUUUGCUCUUAUUUUUCUUUAUUUAUUUAAUAAUUUGAACUGGAUGGUCAAUAUCAGAAGUCUGCUGCAAACCUGUAAAAAACAAAUCUCCCAAAGUAUCCUACAUAUACCUCCGGGAGCAUUUCUCCUUCCUUUUUGCAGAUGCAUUAAGCUUCAGGAGCAAUGGCGGGCGCUGGAGAGCGCAAGGGAAAGAAGGAUGACAAUGGGAUUGGCACGGCUAUUGAUUUUGUGUUGUCCAAUGCUCGACUUGUACUGGGAGUGGGAGGUGCUGCUAUGCUGGGGAUUGCUACCUUGGCUGUCAAACGGAUGUAUGACAGAGCAAUCAGCGCUCCAGCCAGCCCCACCCAUUUAAGCCAGUCAGGAAAGAGAAGCUGGGAGGAACCAAGUUGGCUUGGGUCAUCAUCACGAUUACUGAACCAAGACAUGAAGACAAAUCUUAGCCGUUCUCUGCAGACUCUACCCACAGAUGCUUCAGAUUUUGAAAUAGAUUCCAUCAAACCUAUGAAACAUAAAUCACCUGCUAAGAGAAGCCAGGUGGAAUUGAAGAAAUCCCGCCUACGGAUGUCCUUGCAAGAAAAACUGUUUACUUAUUAUCGGAGAAAGGUGGCUAUCUCUGUAGAAGAACAGAUCAAAGCCAAGCAAGCUGCUGUGGAUAUCUGUGCUGAAUUACGCAGCUUCCUCCGUACCAAGUUGCCAGACAUGCCUCUGCGUGAGAUGUAUCUGAGUGGUAGCCUCUGUGAUGACUUACAGGUUGUGACAGCAGAUCACAUCCAACUUAUUGUUCCUCUUGUGCUAGAACAGAAUUUAUGGUCAUGCAUUCCAGGUGAAGAAACCAUUAUGAACAUCCCUGGCUUCUGCUUAGUACGUCGGGAAAACCCAGAAUAUUUUCCUCGUGGUAGCAGUUAUUGGGACCGCUGUGUCGUGGGAGGUUAUCUCUCACCCAAAUCUGUAUGUGGUACCUUUGAGAAAGUAGUGGCUGGCUCCAUCAAUUGGCCAGCAAUUGGAUCUCUCCUAGAUUAUGUGAUUCAUCCAGUCGCACCCUUAGAAUCUCUAACUUUGGAGGUCCAGUAUGAACGGGAUAGGCGCCUUCUAAUAGACUUUUUACCAUCUGUGACACUAGGUGAUUCUGUAUUGGUAGCCAAGCCACAUCGACUGGCCCAAUAUGAUAAUCUAUGGCGACUCAGCCUUCGGCCAGCAGAGACAGCUCGCCUGCGGGCCUUGGACCAAGAUGACUCUGGUUGCCGUUCUUUGUGCCUUAAGAUCCUCAAGGCCAUAUGUAAACUGAACCCAGUUCUGUGUCGUCUUUCUGCCAGCCAGCUUACCAAUGUAAUAUUACACCUGACCCAAGAAGAAACUGAUUGGUCACAAGAUGCAAUAGCUGACCGUUUUCUUCAGGCAUUGAGAAAACUAAUUGGCUAUUUGGAAGAAGGAAUUCUUCCGUGUGCUUUAAAUCCCAAGGUGAACUUGUUUUCAGAACUUACUACUGAAGAAGUAGACGAAUUAGGUUAUACUCUGUACUGUUCACUUUCAGAACCAGAACUUCUGCUACAAAUGUAAUCGCUGCCUUAAGUGUGAGUUAGUGUUAGAACUACUUGCCAAGACAAUUUGUCUUCUGAGUGACCUAUGCACAUCUUGCCCUGGUUAUUUUGCAAGUCUGCCUCUGCAUUUUUAUUGUUAUUAAAUAGGAGUGGGGGGCUUUAGAUUUCUUGGUGCUACUGGUCUAGUUCCACUACACUCAAGGAACUGGAGGAAGAAGCAACUUUGAAGAUCUGCUCAAUUUGCUAUAAUGUUCUUGUAGAUGUACCCACUGCUGGAGUCCCAACAUAUGCUCUCUUUCCUGUAAUACGUUAUACUUUGCUACAGUGAAAAUUCUUACCUCCUAUUUCAAAAGUGUAGAAUUGCCACUAACAAUUUUAAGAACCUCCCAAAUAUAAUAAGAUUUGUUCCUAUUGAUUGGUGACUAUUUCCCCCCUUUUUAUUCUGAAAGUGCUUGACAGAAAAGCUUCAAGAAAAACAUUUGUAGCAAGAUAUAUAUUUGUGAAUUUGUACAUUGACUGUAUCUAUAUUGUCUAAAGGAGGGUUUUUUUUAAAAAAAAUUGCAUGCUGCUUAAAUUCAUGUGACACUCAGAGUGAUGAUAACCCCGUAUUUUGAAAACUGAGUGCAUAUUGUCUAGGACUUGCUGCUUUGCCAGAUUGGAGUCCUUCACUGCACAAGCACAUUCAAGGUCUUCAAUACACCCUUGUUUGGAAAACUGGGAGCAGAUUUCUAACUGAUGCAGCGGAAUGUAAGAAGAGAAAUGUCACAUUCAUUGCUUUGUCCAUGUGUUAAUUAUUUGAGAAAUUAGAAAAUAUCACUAAGGCACAGAGCAGGAUACUUGAAAUAAAGAUUCUUGAAUAAGUGCUAUGUCACUUCAAAAAUGGUGUGCCUUAAAAUCAUAAAGAGUAGUUAAGAGGUGACUGUAUGGAAAACUGAAGAGGGCAAAUAUGCUUUGGUUGGCAUAACUUUAUGUGCUGCACUUGUUAUUGAUGGUCACAGAUGUCCAGUCUGAAUUUGAAGCACCUUUGCCCUCUUCAAUUCUGAAUACUGCAUAUCAUUAGUAUUUGAGCUUCAAAUUAUUGGCUAGCUGGCAAAUGUAUGGACACUGGCAUAUACUUCCUGAAAUGACACUACUGGAGGAAUGCAAAAUAGUUUUAAGUGAAAAUAUAUAUUAUGCUGUUUAUACUUAAAGAAUGUGGCAUACUAUAUAUUUAACCAGUUUGAUCCAAUUGUAUUCAAGAAACUAUCAGCACAUUUUCUCCUAUGUGGUCUUCCGUAUGUAAUUUAUAUAACCCUCUUCUUAAUCUCUAUUCAUUCUUUGAAAUGAUACAACAUUUAGGGAGAAGCUGCAGUAGCUGUAUCUCUUGCUUUACAGAUACAAGCAUGGCAUAGUGAAUGUGUAAUCUCUUGGGAAAAUGUGGUUUGUUAAUGCUGCUAUCAUCUGGUACGUCUUCCAUCUUCCCCCAAGGGAAAAAAAACCAAGAGGAGGUACUCUGAAGAGAUGAAACUGUCAAACCUGCAUAACAAGUAUUACUACAAUACAUAUGUAAUUCUGAGGGUUACCUUCUUUCAAAUAUCCACCCUCAACAUUAAAUGACAGUGAAUUAUCUCAUUAAUUUGCAGGUCUUGAGAAUUGAACAUAAUCUUCCAUAUUCUUUCUGUUGAAAGUGGUGCUUACUAAGGUUAUAUAUGCUUCAGAAAAUUUUUGAAAGAAGGACUUUGGUCCUUGUUUACAGAGAAUGACCUGAUACUCAAAGUAGUCAGUUCUUUUUCAGGGUGCUACUUAAAAGAGUUGUGUUAACUUUAAUGAAUGGAAUCCAUAUUUUGGAAGUCUGCAAAAAUGAAUUUAAUGAAUAGCACAGAGUUGCUAGGUUUGUGCAAGGCCCAGAAUGCUUCUUUUAAACUGUCAAACUAUAACCCUAGUGCUUAUGUUAUUGAGAUACUCUUCAGUUUAGUUGUAAUGUGUAGGGUCCAAUUCUGUAACAUCUUUCAUUAUAUUUUGAGAUCAGAUUGUCUUUUUCAGAGGGCAUAUAUUGUGGCAAUGGAAUCAGUAUUAGCCUAAUUUAAAUUUCAGUGUUACAGCCAAAGACAGAAAGUUAUCUGUUGAGUACUUGGCAAUUUAUAACCUGGGAGUGUUUUUUUAAAAAAAAUUAUACUGAAUAAUAGUUUCCAGAAUACAUUCCUCUCCAUUCUCAACUUUCCUGCUACAUGAGUUGAUGAACACCUACACAGACAUUAUGUGGUUAGAGACUUUACUAUGAUGUCCAUUGUUUGCCAUCUUUACUCCCUUUUUCCUUUUGUUUCUUACCCUGCUGUUUGUUUAGAGCAGGAAAGCAAAUCAUAUCUGAAGAUAUGGAAGAUAUGGAUUGGAAGAAUCCAGUAUCUCUUGUAUUCCCAAUUAUCUAUUACUUUUAAAAAUUGCAAAACAUUUUAUUAAUUUUUUGAUUGUUAUAAGGUUGAGUAUAUACUAUAUGUAGCUUUAAGCAAUUAUCCUUGUGACAGUAAGAUGCCAUUUUGAUUUUUUUUCUUUACUUUCACGUCUUUUAACUGUUAUUUCCUACAAAGCAAUGAUAAAUUGGGAUUCUUUUUCUUUGAAAUAUGUAAAGUAUUUAAGCCUAUUUCAUGAUAAGGCUGAUAAUACAACAAAUUGCUACUGCCAUCAGUACAAAAUCCAAGCUUACUCUUCUGUUGACUGUAAUAUAUCUUGCAUCCUAAGUGAAUCAUUGUGUGAGGCAGCUGUAAGAAUUUCCCUGGAAAAUUCAAUUUGAAAACUUAGUGUUCUUAAACUUACAAGUAUUCACUUAAAUUGUAUGUGACAACUUCCUACUGGCAGAUUUAGUUUUCAGCUCAAAGUCUGCACAACAAUCAGAACAUAGAUUCAGAACAUACUACAUUCAGUAGUAUGAAGUAGAACACAUGGCCAUUCUAAAUCAUUGGGAAGUGGGAAGCCAAUGGCAGCAGCUGAUGGACUCAAGCCAAAAGCCCUAGUCUGCUCAUCCUGGAAUAUAGGUGUCAAACCAAUCAAUAGGAACUGCAAUUAUGACCAGCUAGCUGAAUAAUAAAUUUGUCUUCACUUGGCAUUGUUGACCUCCCAGGUUUGAUGAAAUACUUGUGACAUUUGUGCAGGCUGAAAUGUAUAAGGGUUGGGGAGAGAAUUCGAAUGGUCUGUAACUGUAUAAAAGUUGUGAAAUAAAAUCCUCCACAACCACGUGGCUCUUUUUAAAUAUAUGCUGGGGCCUUUUCUACAUUAUUUUUAUGAAAAUACAAUCAGAUAAUCAUGUAAUUAAUUACUUUCUUCAUUUGCAACACUCAAUGAUACUCAGAAGAAUGUUCUCAGAGUAAACCUUAACCUUUAUAAUGCUAUGUCUAGAACUGCAUGUCUGUACUUGGACUUGACUUACUGGCCGUUUGUCUAAUGACCAUUCUAAAUUAUAAAAAGUAGUGGCAUAACUAUUUUUCACAUGACUGUUGCAGCACC